UGAAACAUUUAUUGUGAGACAGUGUUAUUAUCUCGUCACAAUUGGCAGUUACAUUUGUGUCAAAAUAUUCUAUAAAAAAUCAUAAAUAGAAAAUACUCAAUUUUUCUUAACAAAUAGUCAUCCCAAUGUUAUUUCGCCAGCUGUAUGAGUGCCCCCAAGAUGGCGCCCUUUGAUUAUUCCACGAAUCAGACGUUUGUCGCUCAAGAUUUGACAGCAAUGUGUUUGUACAUAUACAUAUGGACACAAGGUCACACUUUAGUGUAAAAAUUCUGGGAAUAUAAAUGGAAAACCGAGGGCCGAUGACAGGUGGGAAAGCCAACAUGUGCAUUUAUUUACAAUGAUUACGCCACAAGUGAAGAUGCCAAAAAGGGAUCAACAUCUGUUAUGCUAAUGGUCGAUCUGUCACUCCCACAAAGUACGACAAUUGUUAAUCCAUUGAAAAGCUCCACAUUUCGUCACCGAGAGACUCUUCAGACACUAACAACGCUGAUACCGGACAGCGAAUACGACUUUAUUAUAUGAUAAAGUAUUUCAACCGAUAGCAACUGUUAAACAUUCCGAAAAUGAAGGAGGAGGAAAAAAUCAAGGGAGUGAGUGUAAUUGGAUUGUUGGUGUUUCUCCAAUGCCUUGUAUGCAGUUGCCUUGGAUCGUACAAUAGCUGGGACACAGAAUCUUUUCCCCAACUUCUGUGCCCCAGUCUCUUUCCCCACGUUUUUACAAGUUAUACUCCACGAGGCAAUUUAACAUACGGUAUAUUCACAAAAAAGCCCUACGUAAUAGGGUUGAAACACUGUGUUGAUACAUGUUGCUCAGAGGUAAACUGUCACGUAGCACUGAUGCACAAUAAUACUUGUUACCAUGUGCAAUGCCGAAGCUCGAAAAUGUGUACACCACUGUAUCGAGCUGAAUUAUCAGGUCUGCCUGAUCCCCCCAGCAUGGUAUUAGUGAAACCCGUUGAAGAUGAUGAGGAUAUAAAUUGGAGUGAUUUACUGGAUGAAGUUAAUGCACCACUGCUGAUGCAAACUCCCGCCAUCAGAGAUCACAUAAUGUUUCGGUCAGUGACAUGUUUGGACAGAUCGGAAUGUCAAGAGAAUGAAGUUUGUGCAAAGCAUGAAAAAAGUGAUGAAGGACUUUGUGAAUGUGCAAUAGGUUUCAAAAGAAAUAUCGCCGACAUUUGCAGUGAAAUUGAUUCAAUAAAUCCAGGAGAUUUGUCGGGAAAUGUUGAGCCAUCGAUGUUAAAAGUAUCAUCGUUAACGCCUGAUGUAAAACCACCCCUUAAACAAUUAAUAGUUUCCGCUGUAUCGAAAGAAGUUCGUCUGCCAGACAAUUCAGUGACACUAUCAGCAUUUACUGUACCUGCUGAGCACGGUAAUGAGCACUAUAAUUACGCCUGGAGUUUGUUAAGUCAACCCGAGGGACACACCGGAACAAUGACCGACCAAAAUAGAUCGACUGUUAAGCUCAGCAAUUUAUCGGAGGGUUUGUACAGGUUUCUAGUGACAGUAAAUAGUCCAACAGCGUUUGGAAAAGCAUAUGCUAAUGUCAGUGUUCUCCCACCGAAGAGAAUUAAUCAGUCCCCCAUAGCCAUUGUUUCACCGGCCUCUCAAAUUGUCAAAUUACCAAAUACCGGGGCUGUUCUCGAUGCAUCAGCAAGUAAAGACGAUGACAAAAUAAAAUCUUAUCAUUGGGAGCUUCAACAGGGACCAAUAGGCUAUCAAGCAAAUCUAGUCGAUACACCUACACUACAGCUUGAUAAUUUAAUAGCUGGUAAUUAUACAUUUAAAUUGACUGUUGAGGAUUCUGACAACAUUUCCAAUUCAACAUUGGCGAAUAUAACUGUACUUAAAGUCACCGAUUAUCCUCCAAGUGCAAAUGCUGGUCAAGACAUAAUAAUUUAUCUACCUCAGAAUACAUUAACACUCAAUGGUAAUUUAAGCACUGAUGACAGGGGAAUCGCCAGUUGGGAGUGGACAAAAAGUCUCUCUGAUCAGAACAAAGCUGUUGACAUGCAAAAUACGAGAACUCCGUACUUACAAUUGUCAAAUCUUGAGGAGGGCAUGUACACAUUCGUUCUCAAAGUCACCGAUGAUUCUGAACAAUCGUCAACUGCUGAAGUUCAUGUUUUUGUUAAACCACCGACAAAUAAACCCCCAAAAGCUGAUGCUGGUGAUGAUGUUACGAUAGCACUGCCCGACACUCAAGCAUUACUGAAUGGUACCAGGAGUAUGGAUGACAUUAAAAUUGUCUCAUAUCAUUGGCAACAACUCAAUGGUCCCUCUAGAGUACAAUUUUCCGCGGCCAAUGAGUCGAUAACAAAUAUCACAAAAUUAACAAAAGGAGAUUAUAACUUCAAAUUGACGGUUAUCGAUGAUAAUGGUAAUAAGGACUCGGACGUUGUUAAAGUCAAAGUGACGCAGAAUAAAAAUGCACCGCCAAAGGCAAAUGCCGGAGGUGAUCAGGUUCUCGUGGCACCUGUUAAUGCUUUAAUUAUCAACGGAUCUGAGUCCACCGAUGAUUUGAUGAUUAGAAAAUGGCACUGGACGCGAGAUCCAACGAGUUUAGCUGUUGGAAAUAUUAUCGAAGGCACUGAUGAUUCGCCAGUUCUCAUGAUUAGCGAUGUUCUGCCAGGUCGCUACGUGUUCAAGUUGAAAGUAACUGAUGACGAUGGUUUUUUCUCCGAAGAUAUCGCUUCGGUUAUCGUAAAACCAGAUCCCCAACUCAGUCAUCUGGUUGAGUUGACAUUGAACAUCGAGGCACAUUCGUUGACCGAAUCCCAGAAGGAUUCUCUGGUCUUGAAGCUACAAAUGCUCUUGAGAGAAGAAGUUGUUAUUGUUAUGAGAGAUGUCAGAGCAGAACAGAGAACGGGACGUGCUAGGUUGGUAUUUUAUGUCCAGGAAAGAGGGAAAAAAAAUUCAAUACCAGGAGUGGAGGUUGUGCAACGCCUGAAAGAAAAAUUGUGGCAAGAUUCAGGGCUUCUUCAGGUAUCUGUUGCAUCGAUUGACACUGCUAUUUGUCAGAAUAAUUGUUCAGGGCAUGGGGUAUGCGAUGAAGAGUCCAGACAAUGCCUUUGUCAGGCUUUUUGGAUGCAGAAUCUUAUUCAAAAGUAUUUUGGAAAUGGCGAAUCCAAUUGCGAUUGGAGUAUUCUCUACGUGAUAAUCGCCCUCAUGUCUCUCAUUGUCUGCUGGAUUGGCUUGGCCUGGGGUAUUUUAUGCCUGUGUCACAGAAUUUGUGCGGGUAAACGACAUUCACGACUGAAAAAGAAGCCAGCGCGUUACUCACUCCUCCAACCAGAGCCAGAGGAUGAUGGUAGUGCAUACGGUCUUCUUCCAGUUUCAACCCACAAAAUGGUAUUAUCAGAAUCUGAUACCGACUCUGACGAUGUAUUAUUCGAACACCGGAAGAACAAACAUAACGGUAAUAUACCCAUAAGAAAUGGAAAGAGUCGAAAUGGCUUUAUCAAAAGUGGCUCCCGAAUUAAAACAUGAGAAUUAGACAAAUGGCUGUAUUGCGUCAGUGGUGAAACGCACACUUUGUGAGGUAAAUAAGCCAAAGGAACCACAACUACUAGUCAAUCAAUGGAUGAUAAGACUCUUCACAACAGUAUGAUGAAAAUGGUGAUAUCGUG